AAACCUUACGAGUGGGUAUCGGAGGCUGAACAUUUGUUAAGGGUGACAAGCAGGUAAGAUGUGGGAAGUGCAAAAGAUCCCAGAUCAGGAAACUCAGUUCCUAAUGAUUCAUUAAAGUAGCGCCCAGUCUAAUUACGUUCUCAAGUUCUCUUUGUACAAGGUAGGCUGGACUUGCCCCUCUACUACUGCUGGGACAGAGGAAGGAGGGAACAAGAGAAGUGUCUGCAGAGCCCUGACACCUCUUCCAAAUCCAGGCAAUCCCGCGAGACGCCGCUAUCACCUCCCCGAACCUGAGGUCUGAAGGAAGAGUAGUGGGGAACGGUCCUGGAGAGAGGAGGAACUCUCAGGGAUAAGGUGGGGGCACGGGGCAGCCGGUAGCAGAGCGGGGCGGUCCCUUGGGCUCACGCGCGAUACGCACCAGAUUGCGCCUGGAAGCAGCUAGAGGGGAGCUGGCGUCCGGUGGGGGCUGCAGCGGCGCGCGCCGACUCUGCUUCCGGGUCAGAGGGCGGGAGCGAUGAUUGGCUCCCGGGCUCUCCCGCGAGAUUUAAAGUGUAAACCCGCGAUCACGGGCACAGUCGCCGAGCUGUAGUCGGGCCAGAGCUUUCUUCAGGCGAGUCGGCGCUUUUCCUGUCUCCCUUCAGUCAGAGAAUGGCUGUGCUUAAUCAGAAGUCUGUCAUGGAUAUGAUUAAAGAGUUCAGAAGGAAUUGGCACAGUCUCUGUAACUCUGAGAGAACUACUGUAUGUGGCGCAGACUCCAUGCUCUUGGCAUUGCAGCUUUCCAUGGCAGAGAACAAUAAACAGCACAGUGGAGAAUUUACAGUCUCUCUCAGCGAUGUCUUAUUGACCUGGAAAUACUUACUACAUGAGAAACUGAACUUACCAGUUGAAAAUAUGAAAGUGAAUGACCAUUAUGAAAACAUUAGGAGGAUUUAUCAUGAUUUCUUGAAGAAUAGUAACAUGUUAGAUUUGAUCGAUGUUUAUAACAAAUGUAGUGUUUUGACUUCUAAUUAUGAAAAUCACACCAACAUAUCUCCUAGUCAACUACGAGAUUUUCUGUCUGGCAGACACUAUGCAGUAGGUGAUGAAAUUGAUUUUUAUGUACCAACAUCACCAAUUAGUAAAAACAACCAGGAUAAUGAAAAGGUGAAGUUACUAGCAAAGAAAAUUAUCUACUCAUAUUUAAACCUGCUAGUGAAUUCAAAGAAUGACUUGGCUCUGGCUCAUAUUCUCAAUAUUCCUGAUAGAGGACUUGGAAGAGAAGCCUUCACUGAUUUGAAACAUGCUGCUCAAGAGAAACAGAUGUCUAUCUUUUUGGUGGCCACAUCAUUUAUUAGAACAAUAGAGCUCGGAGGUAAAGGAUAUGCACCAUCACCAUCUGAUCCUUUAAGGACGCAUAUAAAAGGAUUGUCUAAUUUUAUUAAUUUCAUUGACAAAUUAGAUGAAAUUCUUGGAGAAAUACCAAAUCCAAGCAUUGCAGGGGGUCGUAUACUCUCAGUGAUAAAGACGCAGCUGAUAAAAGGCCAGAACAGCAGGGGUCCUUUUUAUAAAGCCGUAGAGGAAGUUGCUCAAGAUUUGGAUUUGAGGAUUAAAAAUAUUAUCAAUUCUCAACAAGGAGAUGUAGCUGCGAGCACCACUGGCAUCAGUCCUUCACGACCAAAAUUUCAUGCCAUAAACCAUGGCACUGCAUACUGUGGCAGAGAUACUGUGAAAACCUUACUAGUUCUUUUGGAUGAAGACGCAGCCAGUGCUCCUACCAAAAACAAAGCGGACCUUUUAUAUGACAAUGAAAAUACAAUUCAUCAUAAUGGAACUUCUAUUCUUACACUUUUUAGAUCUCCCACACAAGUGAAUAAUUCAUCGAUGAAACCCCUAAGAGAACGCAUCCAUAAUUCAAUGCAAGAGAAAAAAAUUAAGAUGAAGCAAACUUUAAUUAGAUCUCAGUUUGCUUGUACUUACAAGGAUGACUGCACGAUAAGCAAGGAUAAGUGGAAUGUUAAUUCAUCAUCAAAGCCUUUGUGUGUUCUUCACAUGGAAAAUGACCUUUCUGAAGGUGUAAAUUCAUCUGUUGGAAGACCAACAAUUGGAACAAGUUCUGGAAAUGUUCAUCUGGACAGAAGUAAAAACGAAAAAGUAGCAAGAAAAUCAAAUAGUCAGACAGGAAAUAAAAGCUCAAAAAGGAAACAGGUGGAUUUGGAUGAUGAAAAUAGCCUCUGUGAUAAUGGAAACGAACCACCUGAACACAAAAACGUUAAGAUACCUAAGACAUCAAAAGAUUUGCAGAAUAAAUUGGAUGGCAAACUAGUCAGAAUUGUAAAAAGCAACAAACGUACCGCCAAGCACAAAUUGAUUACUGGCCAGACAAAGUUAACUCAAUUUUUUAAACUGUGAAUCUGUCUUUUAUGUGCUUUAGAUAUAUGGAUAUAUAAAACCAUUCACCAAAGGCAUCUCCUUAAUUUUUUAAGAGAGCAAGGUAUAAAGUAUUGUGCUUUAUUAUUUUGGCCUAUAGUGUAUGUAAAGUUAGCAUGUUAAGCAGUGUUAAAAAAAAUACUAGUAAGUCAUAUUGUGCAGAAUAUUCACUAAGUUUAAUGAAUAGGGAAAGCAUAUCAUUUAAGUUAUUGAUAUACUCAAUACCACUUUCUUUUAAAACAAACAUUUAAAAUAAUACAAGUCAUAGUAACAUUAAGGGCCUUUUUCCCCCCAGGCAAUUAUAUGAUUUUGUUUUCUUCUGAAACGAUGAUAUGGACCAACAGGUAUCAGACUUGCCAACAAGGUCGAUAAACUCUUCCCAGCAUACACCUGAGCACUGCAGGAAGAAAAAAAGUUUAAAAUUUUUAAAAGGCUGUUAUCAUAGAAUAUUGAUUAGAAAUGAAAGAAUGGAUCUAGUAUAUCUAAAUCCGAGUAAAUAAAAACUAUAAUAGCUAAUUAAAUAUUUUUGAAUCUCACAUUUUUGUCAGGAGUCACUUAAUAUCAAGUGUAAAAUUGAAUCAUGGUCUUUGAUUUUAUGACUGGACCCAAAUUCAGUUAAACUCAGAGUUCUAUUUUAUAGUAUUACGAUGUAAGAAUUGAACUUUAAAAAGACUACUCACUGUCAAAAUCUCUCCUUCCUAUAGGAAAUUUAGCUGAGUUUUCUUCAUCCCCAAUUUCUCUCUUUUCUUGUGUUGAUUCAGUAUUCUGAACUUCAUUCUCAGCUGGAAAAGCUACAGAUCCUUUUAGUGCCAAAUAAGGUUUUAUAGCCAGAUUCAGUGGCAGACCAUGAUUUAAGAAAUUAUGUUUGGAACCUGCGUUCUGUAAAAAAAAGGUUGAUUUGUAUUUCAGCUUUCUUAUUGGGAAUGGAACUAUAAUACAGUUGUAAAAUAUUGAUCAAUUCAAAAAUGCUCUGCACUGUGUUGACUCUAAACUCUUUAACAAAUACUUUAGACUAUAGAAGGUUUUUUUUUUUUUUUUUUUUUGGGAAAAAAACCUUUUGAAUAAGAGGUAUUUUCCAGGAUGGAAGUACAACCAGGUAUGUAUGAAACUUCAGCAAUUGUCUUAUUGUAUAUGGUGGCUAUUUUCACAUGCUUCUGCUUAUAAAAAGUAUCAACUUUACUUUCGAAGUAUUUAUGAAAAUCGUCCUAAUUUCCAUUGAAAUAAAAGACAAGUCAGAUUGCCACUUACCUUUGAGUUUUUGUUUUCCUCAUCAUUCAUGAAACUGCUCUCAUCAUUUUUAUAUUGCUCCAGGGAAGGAACAACAAGCGAUUUUUCUGCAGAAUCUUCCUUCUGAAAAGCUUUCCCCAGCCUCAACGUUUUAAAUACCAUGUCGUCUUCUAAAUUUCGUAUUGACUUGGAUGCUGAAAGUAAAACGCCUUGAGAAAGCAAAGAAAAAGUUAGUAUUAAUAUAUAGGAAGAGAAACUCAUUUUUGCCAUUUUUAGUUUGGUGUUUGCGUAGAAUCAAAGAUGUGUAAAAUGAAGUAAAAUUUCUCAGUCUGCUUUGUAAA